GUUGAGUAAUUUAUUUGUACAGCUUUAAUCUAUUUUCUGGGCUCACGAAAAGUAGCUUAACUCUCUGACCCUUUCAAGUUUCAACCACGGCGCUCUACCACAAAAGCCCAGAGAGAAUCUACCUCUCUACCUCUCUGUCUCUCUCUCUCUGUGUGGCUGUGUGAGAGGAAGAGCCGAAGAGGAUGAAGGGAGAGGCAGAGAUUGAUCGGUUACCGUUAGACUUGCUGGCGCAUAUAUUCGUGAUGAUUACUUCCUUCACCGAUUUGGCUCAGGCGAGCAGUGUAUGCAAGAAAUGGAAGCAGGGGGUGAAGCAGUCGCUGGCUCGGAGGGAGUCUCUGAGCUUUUCUGGUCGGAAGAUGGACGAUGACUCCACUGCCCGCCUUGUUCGCUAUGCCUACAGCCUCAAAGACCUUGACAUUUCAAGGAGCCGCUGGGGUUGCCAAAUAACUGACAAUGGACUUUACAGAAUCUCUUUGGCGAAGUGUGUCAGCAACCUGACAUCCAUAUCUCUAUGGGGUAUGACAGGGAUCACAGACAAAGGUGUUGUUCAACUGAUAUCCAGAGCGCAUUCCUUGCAACACCUCAAUAUUGGUGGCACAUUUAUCACGGAUGAAUCUCUAUUUGCCAUUGCAGAUAGCUGCCCACAUUUAAAGACUAUAGUCCUAUGGAGCUGCCGCCAUGUAACGGAGAGCGGGCUUCUUGUUCUGGUAAAUAAAUGUCGAAAGCUUGAAUCUAUCAAUGUGUGGGGGACCAGAAUUCCUGUGGACUGCUUCAUUGGUUUGUUUACCAUUAGUCCAGCCCUUCAGAUUAAAACGGGAGGACUGCUAUUAAAUGUUGGAAGCAUUUCUCUGUGGCCCAUCGUAUAAGGUUCCCAAGCUUAUGGCUGUUUUUCUGUA